AUGGGUUGUGGUACCUCAAAUGAUUCUAAAGAACCUCGUAAUUUAGACGAAGAAGAUUUGUAAAUGGAAUAUAAUGAUAAACGUGAAAAUGCUAACGGACAAAUAGUAAAUAAGUAUUAAGUUAAAGAAAAUAAACCUGAAGAAGAUUAAGGUUUAUUUGAACUCUAAGAAAAAGAAGAAGGAGAAUAAUUUAUGGCUGUAAAACCCUGGAUAGGUGUUUUAAAAGAACCAUCAAAUCGUAAAAAAACACCCUUAAAUAAUAAUAAAUUAAUAAAAUAAAAAAAGGCUCCUUAAAAUAAUGCAUUUCCUCCAUAAUAACAUUUAAAACUAGAAUAUGUAAACGGUUACAGAUGUGAAAACACAAGAUAGAAUUUAUACUAUACAUCCAUGCCUAAUAAAAUUGUAUAUUUUUCCGCUGCCGUUGGUAUAAUAUUAGACACAUCUACAAACAAUUAAGAGUUUUUCGGAGACGGUCUAGUAACUCCUAACCUCUAAGGUCACAAUGAUGAUAUCGAAUGUUUGGAUAUAAGCAGAGAUGGAGAUACUGUAGCGACUGGUUAGAGGGGAUAGAAUCCUUUAAUAUACAUAUGGAGUGCCAAAACUAAAAAAGUAAUUCACAAAAUCCAAUAAGGAAGGGGUAGUAGACUUGCCAAAUGUAUAAAAUUCUCGCCAGAUGGCAAAUAUUUAUUUUCUGUAGAUGAGAGUAAUGAUCAUUGUAUACAUGUAUAUGACGUAUCUUCUGGAUAGAAACUUUCUAUGGACAAAACAGGAAAUGAGACUAUUAUGGAUAUUGAUACUAGUGGAGGUAGUUAUGCAUGUAUUUUAGCUAGAAAAAGUGGUUGUGCCUUUAUAGAUUUCAAUGGAAAUUAUUUGAAGGCUUCUAGAGGUAUUUUUGGUGCUUAAACUAAAAUUGAUAUGUUAAGUGUAGCUUUUCAUAAGGAUAAUGCAGGAAUAAGCUUUUCAGGAUCUUCUAAAGGUUCAGUUUAUAUAUGGAAUGGAAAUUAAGCUGCCAAGGAGAUUUAAUUACAUAAUGGAGCUAUACAUGCGAUUAGUGUAAAAGAUGGAUUAAUGUUUUCAAGUGGAGCUAUUGAUAAAUAAUUGAAAGUUUUAGAUGUUAAUACUUAUGAGAUAUAAGCUUCACAUUAAUUAUCUAAUUGUGCAAGGGCUAUUGAUUAUCAUAAUGGAGUUAUUUUAGUUGGAACUAGAAACGGAUGUAUAUAAUAAAUUAAUAAUGGAGAAAUUAAUACAUUGAUGAAUGGACAUUCGACCGGAGAAACAUGGGGUUUAUAUGUCGAUAAGAAAACAGGAUAUGUAAAAAAUAUUAUAGAAUAUAUAUAUAAAUAAAUAUAUUAGGUAAUUACAAGUGGAGAUGAUAACAAAGUACUAGUUUUUAAUCCUGAAAUAAAUAAAGUUAUACAUUAAGGCACUAUAAAUCCUAUACCAGGAAUGAAAAAAAAAAUAGGUUGUGCUUCUACCCUUUCAUUAUUUCCACCAAACUAAUGUUCACGUGCAGUAACAAUAAACCAUGUUAAUGGACAUGUAGCAGUAGCCACAAAUGAUGGAUAUCUCUCAAUAAGAUAAAGCAUAUAAGAUUUAGAUACUAAAAUUUACGAAAAUUAAAUUUCAAAUGAAUGGAUUGAAGUAAUGCAUUUUUCACCAGAUGGAAAUUUCCUUGGUAUAGGAUCGCAUGAUAAUAAUAUAUAUAUAUUAAGUGUAAACAACAAUUACGAAUAAGUAGCAGUAUGUUCUAAACACAAUUCUUUUAUUACUUCAUUUGAUUGGUCAUGUGAUGGAUAAUAUAUUUAAUCUAAUUGUGGGGCAUAUGAGUAUCUUUUCUUUUAAGUUUCUAAUGGAUAAUAAUUACAAUCUGGUGCAUCUUAAUUAAGAGAUGAAUAAUGGUAUAAUUUUACAUGCAAAUUAGGAUGGCCAGUUUAGGGUGUUUUUCCUCCAUCUACUGAUGGCUCACAUGUAAAUGGAGUUUCGAGAAGCAAUAAUAAGUAGAUAUUUGCUGUAGGAGAUGAUUGGGGAUUUGUUAAUUUAUAUAGAAAUCCAUGUUUGAAAGGGAAUAAAUGCUUAAGUUAUAGGGCACAUUCCUCACAUGUUACAAAAUAUAAUUUGAUAAUGAAGAUAAAUAUGUGUACUCAGUAGGAGGAUAUGAUAGGACAUUAAUGAAAUGGAAAGUAUAAUGAGUUUUUUGUUAAUUUUUUUAUUUCUAUAAUUUAUAAUUUAUUUAUUUAUUU